AAUGCGGUGGCCCCUGGGGCCGUGGUGGUUGAUGCUCUGGCUGCCGCCUUUGGCCACAGUGCCCGCAGGCGCAGUGCGCGGGGAGGAAGCGGUCGAGGCAGCGUUGUCAGUUCCAAUGUGCAAAGCUUUGAAGGAAAUGGAUUUUAUUAAAUCUUCUGAAUCAUAUUGUUACUGCUACAAUCAAAAUUCCCAAAUGGAAUGGAAGUGGAAAUACAUAUGGUCAACUGUGCAGGUGAAAAUUACCAGCUCAGGCCCGCUCAGUAUUGUAUAUAUCACAGAAGGGCAAAAUUGCCAGUAUCCAGAAACCAUUCUCUCUCUUAUCAAAUGUGUGAUUCAUAAAUUUUGGAUACCAAAUGACUCUCAUGAAAUAACCAUAACCAUUGAUUCGUAUGGGGAGAUUGUGUGCUUUGUUGUGAAACCUGUCACAAGUUAUACAAUAUGCGUGAAUCGAAACAUCGUGGACUUCAAACUCCUUCUUGUGUUUGUAGCAGGCAUUUUCCUCUUCUUUUAUGCAAAGACCUUGAGUCAAAGCCCUACUUUCUAUUACUCUUCCGGGACUAUGCUAGGUAUUCUGAUGAUACUUGUCUAUAUCCUGUUGCUGGUGAAAAGGUUUAUCCCUAAGUAUAGCACCUUUGGGGCUUUAAUGGUUGGUUGUUGGUUUGCUUCAGUGUACAUGGUGUACCAAUUCAUGGAAAAUCUGCAGUGGCUGUGGUAUGAAAACAGACUUUAUACAUUAGGCCUUGUCUUCAUAGUUGGGUGUUUCAGCUUUGCUUUUUGUUACAAACAUGGGCCCCCUGUUGAUGAAAGGAGCAUAUGUCUUCUGACGUGGACGCUGCAGCUCCUCUCCCUGUUUCUGAUCUAUUUCGGUGCCACCAUUCCUCAGUUCUCAUAUGCAGUUAUGAUCCUCAUGCUGUUGUCCAGGAAAAUGCACCGUGCAAUGAAAGCAUUCAGUUAUAUGAUGUGGAAAAUGAAGAAAUGGUUUACAUCGGAAAAGAUGACAGUUAAGUAUCUUACUGAAGAUGAAUACAGAGAGCAAGCUGAUGCUGAAACAACCAGAGCUUUGGAGGAACUGCGCCAGGCCUGCCGCAGACCCGACUUCCCGUCAUGGCUGGCCGUCUCCAGACUCCAGGCUCCUAAGAAGUUUGCAGACUUUGUUCUUGGAGGAAGCCACUUGUCACCUGAAGAAAUUAAGCUUCAUGAAGAACAAUACGGUCUUGGGGGUGCCUUUUUGGAAGAGCAGCUCUUUACUCUGGAGACUACCUGACAGUCUAUCUGUACAUUGACUUCAUCUGGACAACAAACUGGGUAAAAACCAAGAAUCCUCUUACAGCUCUAUGGAAGAAUAGCAAAAGCGUUUGCUACGGAGAAAAAUCAAGUCACACGGGAAAGGAGAACUGUGUUGUAUUGAAGAUAACUGAACAUUCUUGGCCAGUUCUGCUAUUUAUUGUAAUGCAGGCCACCAAGAUUCUAUGACUGUUAUUACAACUUCCAUUGAAGGAAGACUUUCAUUAGGAACAAGGGAAUUGUGUUGACCUUCAAGGGGCCAGUGAGCAUGAGCAGGUGCCUUGUCAACACAGGGCAUUAAAUCCCCUCAACCCCCAGAACCUGUGUCAAAAGACUGCAUUGCUCUUCCUAAAUGCUAUCAGUAUAAGUGUUGGCAGAGACCUGAGAUGCUGGAUGUAUAGCCCACUGAUGCUAACAGGUGUUAGGAAAGGGAUUCUUGAGGUCAACUAAGGUUGAUACAAAGUUAUACAAAAGCACUGCAGGACUUCUCAGAACCUUUAAUAAUGCUAAUGCACACUGAAGCUCCUAAAGAGGAAAUGUGUGUAGCAGUUUCCAUUUUUCAGGAGAUUGAUACUCCUUGGUACACAUGUUUAGAAAAUGCUAAUGAAGGAAGAACUGAGGUUCGGGAAGGUUAAACAACAUGUUGAAGGCCACAAAGCUAUUUCAAGGCGGCACUGGAACUAGAGCUUCAGCCCAGGCGUUUUCUAUGACUCAGGUAGGAAAGACCUUUAAAAGGCAAGCCAAGAGGUCAACUCGCUACAGCCUUGUGUCUCACAGUAUUGGUCACUUUUAUUUUUUAAUAAUGGCCAACU